CGUUGACGUUACAAUGACAGCUGGAUAACGUUAUUUCUGACAACUUUGUCAUCGGUUAAGAAAAAUGAUUUAAACAAAACCCAUGUGCCAAAAAUUACAAAUUGAAUGCAAAUUAAAAAGGAUCGCCGGACGAUGUCGGAUAAAAACCGGACGAUGUGCAGCGAUGCUGUGGAAAAAAUAAUUGGUAACAUGACAUCAGAAAUACAAAGCAAUGAUGGCCAGUAUGUCCCACUUGGAUUCAGUUCUCCGCAAAAUUUGACUGACCAUAUAAACUGGAUGCCUCAAUCGAAUUCUUUUAUGAAUUAUCCUGUCCAGUAUUCUGAUUCUCAUUUGAAUCAUCCUUCCAGAGAGCAUUUUCAGCAACCACAAGUGAACUUUAUUCACCAAAAUGCUGCGAUGUUUGAACCAGCUUUGUUUCAGAAAAAUAUAAAUUUGUCCGAUUUCCAUCUAUACAAAAAUAGCGUAGCUCCUCCACCCAUUUACAACAAUUAUUUACCAGAAAACACAAUGUCUGAUGUCUUGCCUGAAUCAACUACUCUUCCGGCAAAUCACACACAUCUGAUAGAGAAUUUGGUUGGUAACUGGGUAGUUCCAAAUAAUAGCGGAACUUACACACCAUUUGGCUGUUCUGAAACAUUUAAACCAAAUGUUUUUGAUAUUCAAAAUCAUACAGAUGUAGGUUUAGACCCAAAUGAGGACAUGAAAUAUCCAAAUGUUGCUGAAAUAACUAUAGAUGAUAAAUUUAAUUUUAAUAGAGACAGAAAACCUCGCAUGGUGGCAGAAGUCAAACCUAUGCGUCCAAGUUAUUCAGAUGUGCUUACAAAACCUGUCCCCUCAACAUCUGCAAAAUUGUUAAAGAGUGAUGCUAAGGAAACAAAACUAAAAAAGGAGAGUAAGAAAAGUAGUAAGGCAGAGAAAGCCCAAAAAGUGGGAAGUCAGUUGAGUCGCAGUAACACAAAUAAUGACAUAAAAGACAUACCAAAUGAUAAAUUUUUCACUUACAAAGCUGAAAAGAAGAUUGCAAAAACAAACCAGUUGAAUCGAAAGUGGGCUUCAUUAGAUGAUAUCAGUGAACCAAGUGCUAAUAAGAUAGAAGAAAAUAAAAAGAAAAAACAAGAGGAAAAUGUAAACAGAACAGUCAAUAAGCCAUUAAAGAAUAAAAUAAAUAAAACAUUAAAUAAUAUUCCAGAUUUUCAAUCUGAAUCACUAAAACCAGAAACAUAUAACAUAACUAAGAAUAAUUUGAAAAAAAAUAAAAUUAGCUCAAAACAAAAGCAGGGUGAAUUGCAAAAUGUAUCUGAUAGACCUACUGCUAAAAGAACUCAAAGGAAUAAAAAGAAGGAAAAUCAUGUACCAUUUGCUCUAUUUCAACAAAAAAUUAAACACUACACAAAAGACUGGUGGAAAGUGAUUGCUACACUUAUGUUCUGGCUUCUUCAUUUAAUAUCAGAUAUUUGCAGCCUCAGUGUACAUCUAGGAAGAGAUUUUGCAAUUAAUUCAUGGACUUGGAUCACAGUAAACUGGACCUCUUUCAAAACCACAACAGAGUCCUUGUUUAGAAGUUGGAAAUUUUCAAAAUGGAUUUGGGAGAAAUUUAAGGGAAAAAAGAAAACGAAAAUUGAAGAAGAACCCAAUAGUUUCCUUCACAACGGCUUAGACGCGAAUAUUAAUAUGCCCACUACUGGCGAUGAGGCAAUGAAAAGAUUACUUGCCUGUAAAGGCAAAGAUCCCUACAGCAUUUUAGGGGUGACGCCGACAUGUACAGACGAUGACAUAAAAAAGUACUACAAAAGACAAGCAUUUUUAGUACAUCCUGACAAAAAUAACCAGCCAGGCGCUGAAGAAGCCUUCAAAAUUUUAGUUCACGCUUUUGACAUGAUAGGAACUGCCGAGAGGAGAGAAGCAUAUGACCGAGGUGUAGCAGAGUCGGCAUUUAUGGUACAGAAUUUUAGUCAAAUGGCUGAGUUGUUGCAAAGGCUGCAACAGAAAAUGGAGAUGAACGCCAACACAAUACGGUGUAGUUCUUGUGGGGACAGGCACAAACGAACAAAAGUGGAGAGACCAAGUUAUGCAGCUAGAAAUUGUAACAUGUGCAAAAUUCACCAUGCGGCACGAGAAGGGGACAUUUGGGCGGAAGCAAGAUGUUUCGGCUUCGUCUGGCACUAUUUUGCGUGUAUGGAAGGAUCGGUUUACGAUAUAACUGAUUGGGCGGGAUGUCAAAAAGAGACUUUAAAACAUUUGAAACCUGACUCGCAUCAUGUACAAUAUCGAAUUGCCCUAGGAAAACAAAACAACCAGCCUAGGAGAAACAGUUCAUCCCCUCGAAUGGAUAAACCUGACCUAGAGAAUUUGUUAAAUUCCCUUUAUGGCCAUAGUGAUAAUCUCACUUCUAAAAGAAAAACUAAAAAUAAGAAGUAAUAGCUUUUGUUCAUGUAUAGGGGCUGUCAUGCUUUGGGAUUAUUUGAUCUGAUCGGGUUCUGUAUUUUAAGAAUUUGUUUAAUUACAUAUGUUUAAUUGAAUGCAUUAAUGACUAAUUUAAGUGGAAAUUUAAUUGUUUCUGUUAAUUUUAUCGAUCAAAUAAUUCCAUACAUCACCCCAUAGAGCAUUAUUUACUAAUAACUGCGCUCCUCUUUAUUGUACUGCUUUGAAAUAAAUGACAGAAUACAAACGUA